UUCAGAUUCUGUUUCAGAGAAACUCUGUGUGUUCCUGUAAAUGGUGUUUGCUCUUCACCCCCUGCACAGCAUCCUUAAAGCAGCUGCAGCAGUGCUGAGAUCUAAAUCGCUCCUCCAGGAGACAAUCUUCAGGCCUUGAAAAUAAACCCAGACCCUAAUAUAAAUAAACAUGUCUUGGAGUGUUAUCUUCUACCCUGGAAAUCCCGAAAGAAGGGAAAGACUUAUCCGCAAAAGCCAAGAGCUUCGAGAACUGAUGAAAAACAACUUCCGAGCCACCAACCAACUCAUUGAGGCUCUUAAGGAACACUUAGGCUUGUCCUUCAGGCCAGUCGCCUUGAAUGAGAAAGCUACUGUGAAGGAGAACUGUGAUGUAAUCAUUGAACGCAUACAUGAGAUCCAGGCAGAAGUAGAGAAGAUUGACCAGAAGAUGAAGGCGAAGCUGGAACCGACGCUGUAUGAGAAACUGAAGAAAAUGUCUCUGUCUGUUCCUGACUAUCAACUAUUAUCAGGAAGUGUUGGUGCAGUUUGUGGUGUUGCAGGCUCUGCUGCCGUUAUUGCCGUUGGUUGGCUAAUUAAAAAUGAAAAAAUUCUGACAACCAUGAGAUCGACCUUUGGUUUAAUAAAAACAACUGCUCUAGCCGCUGUUGUAGUUGGGGUGUUAUUCAUGGGGAUCGAUAUGAUUAUUAGCGCCAUUCUAGGAGGUAUUGAACGUGAUCAACUGGAGAGGGCCCUGGAAGAGUAUGACAGGGCUUUGGAAGAAUUCAGGCCAGCGUCUGAAAAAUAUCAGGAUAGUAUAACCUAUGUCAGGAUGAGACUUGAGAUGGGUCAAUAAGCAGAAAAUUACAUCCACAAUCUUAACUGGUAUUUUCCUAUUUUACUAUUGUGGAUGUAUUUCUUUCCUGAUUGUUAUAUUUUAUGUAUUCAGAUAAAAGACAUGCAUUCAAAUCUCUUAGGUCUUUGUUAAAUGCUGUAUCUAAAUCUGUCUUCUACAGUCUCUGAAAUCAACAAAAUAAACGGUUUAAAAACAUUAA